GGCAACGGAGGGAGGAACAACAAAGUUGGCAGCAAAAAAAAAAGAUACCAAACAUCGGAUGUGUUACAUUCCUUUAGACUCAUCAUCUGGAGAAACUGCGCAAAUAUGCCACAGGAAAGAGAUCCUUUCCCAUUCCCGCGAUAUGAGAACGACUUUACAUUAACAGGGAGAAAGGAAAUUCAGAAAUUGUCAGAUGACAAGCCAACACAUCUCGCACAAAAUGAUGAACCGUGGAGGAGACUCCAUAACACGACAACAGAGGCCAGUUCCCGUCGAACUGUCUUUCAUUAUGAUACUACAACACCGAAGGACAGUUUGGACAUUCACCUGAAAGCGGCCUACGAUCAUCAUCUUGGAUUAUUUCAAAACAAAAGUCAGACCGUGAUGCAGAUGGAAACUGUUGGAGCGGAUAAUGGGACAAAGAAAAACAAAGAACUAGAAGAUUCAGUUUGCGAUGCUGAAAACAAAGGAAUUAAAGUGUGGGUCGACACACAGAAAGCAUCUCUAUACAGUAUUAAGGGGUCCAUAGAGUCUCACCACACCGCAUCUACAAACAGAGGUUACUCACGGAAGCACGACGGCGGCUUUUAUUCUACAUAACAGUACAAACUUGAGAUACACACAACUUAAAAGUAUACCAUUGUUACUCGCUUUGUCGUGUAUGCGGCCUGACCAAAUAAAAUAAAUGAGAAAACGCCGGUGUGCUCUGGUUCCCUCUUCAAAAAAAAAGAAAAACACAUCCGCUCUGUGAUUCUCAUUGGCCUCAGGGACUCACUUUCAGUGUUUAGUUGAGAUCAGAAUCGCCGUUAUACUCAGUGAAAGAUACAGGAAAUACCAGACCGAGAUCCAGCUCCCUGUCUUUCUUGUAUAUCUGAUCGAUUCAUCAUUUCUUACCACAGUUUGCACUGUGGAUGCCCCAAGUGAAAAAAAGCCUCGCGGUCAUCGCUACAGGAGCUCCCGGGUCGGUUAUUAUCAUCUCUGCAUCCGAGCAGGGCAACAACUCGGAUGAGAUCAAAUAAGAUCACGGUGUAGGUUUUUUUAAGAGUUACCUCAUUCACACACACAUUCAUAAAACACAAACAUUCAUGCGUCUACACACACACAAACAAGCACUCACUCACAUGCACUCCACACAAGCAGAAACGCACUCACUCAA